CUUCUUUCUGUCCGUCUCUCCACGCUGAAGCUGCAGUGACAAACGGCAGCAUUGUGAACUCUGUGAUCUCACUUCUCUCGCUCAUAUUUCCUCUCGGUCUGUGGGUGUGUGGCAGCGGCUGUGAGGACAGCGAUGGGAUGAGGUAGUUCAGGUUGUCUUGUAGUGUGUUGGCCCCCCCCGCUGAUCUGUGACCGAUGCGGACUAAGGCUCCGACUCACUCGGAGGAUCCACUUGGUGGCUUGAAAAGAGCGUCUGACCAGGAUGCUACGGUGAAACUUGACCAGGAGCGCGCCGAGAUAGUCGCCAAAUAUGACAAGGGAAAAGAGGCCACGGUGGAGCCCUGGGAGGACACCAACUUCCACCUGUAUAAAGUCAUCGACCGCUUUGGCUUUGUUCAUAAGAAUGAACUUCCAUCCUACGACUCGGUGGAGGAGAGACAAAAACACAUGGAGGUGGAGAGGACCACCAAAUGGCUGAAGAUGCUGAAGAGCUGGGACAAAUACAAGAACAGUGAGAAGCUGGCCAGGAGGGUCUAUAAGGGAAUCCCCCUGCAGCUCCGAGGGCAAGUAUGGGGUCUGCUGCUCGACAUACCCAAAAUAAAGGAGGAGAAGAAAGACUUCUACGAGAAACUAAAAGCCAGAGCCAGAGGAGUGUCCCCCGACAUCCGUCAGAUUGACUUGGAUGUGAACCGCACCUACAGGGACCACAUCAUGUUCAUGAAUCGCUACGAUGUCAAGCAGCAAGCUCUCUUCCACGUCCUCACAGCCUACUCCAUGUACAACACUGAGGUGGGCUACUGCCAGGGCAUGAGCCAGAUUACAGCUCUGCUGCUGAUAUACAUGAAUGAAGAGGACGCCUUCUGGGCUCUGGUCAAACUACUGUCUGGGCAGAAGCACGCCAUGCACGGGUUCUUUAUCCCCGGGUUCCCAAAGCUGAUACGUUUCCAGGAUCACCACGACCGCAUCCUCAAGAAGAUGAUGCCCAAACUGAAACAACACCUGGACAACCAAGAGGUGUUAACCAGUCUCUACACCAUGAAGUGGUUUUUCCAGUGUUUCCUGGACAGAACUCCCUUUACCCUGACCCUCAGGAUCUGGGACAUCUACAUCUUGGAGGGAGAACGAGUGCUGCCCACCAUGUCCUACACGAUCCUCAAACUGCACAAGAAGCACCUGAUGAAGCUGUCCAUGGAGGAGCUGGUGGAGUUUCUGCAGGUGACAUUGUCCAAAGAUUUCUUCUUCGAGGACGACUUUGUGGUCGAGCAGCUACAGGCGUCCAUGACGGAGCUCAGGAAGGCAAAGCUGGAGCUGCCUGCUCCAGGUAAAGAAGACGAGUAUCCCAAGAAGCCUCUAGGGCAACUUCCUCCUGAGGUGGCAGCCGCCGCAGUGAACCACGUGGCCAACGGUCAAAGCCACACCGAGCCAGUCGAGGCUACCAGGGAUCCAAGUCCUGUACCAGACCGCAAGCGGGACAGCCGGCCCCCCAGCAGGUCACGCCGGGACUCGCUGGAAAAAUCAAUCCGCCACCACAAGGCUGACAAGAGGGAUGCCCGCUCCCGGGGAUCGGGAAAAAUCCCAAAUGAGCAUCAAAAGCAGUCCACCUCGACCACACCUGAGAGGGGAGCAACACCGCCCUCAGCUCCCACCCCUGCACCACAGCUCAUUACAGGGGAAAGAGGGAAGCCUCAGAGCCACGCCACCGCCAACCAUAACUCCAACGCAGCCUCCAGCUCUCGCAAAGAAAUCACUCCCCGCUGGUUCAAACCCUCAGAGACAAAGCUGGAAGCGGUCAAAGCAGCAGCUGCCCGUGACGUCCAUCUGAGCAGGGGGGUGUCGCCGGCCCCUUCCAGCCCAGAAGACAGUGUAACGCCCCACCGCCGGCCACACUCCAAAGGCUUCAUCCCUGACUCCAACCGCGGCUCCAAUGCCUCCCAGUAUGACAAUGUACCAGGGCUGCCGGAGCAGGAUUUUGAGAUCCUGGAGCUUGACAGACCCCCGUCCAGAAUAAGGAUCCCCCGCAGUGAGACACCCUUCAGUGUAUCGUCCCUCCAUCAGGGCAGCCCCAGUCGCACACCCAGCCUGGCGGGGAGCGUCGCAUCAGGGCCCGGGAUGGCCACACACCCUCUUCCUACUACAUUUUCCCACAACAGUCCAGGAGGGGUCCCGGCCAGCUACCCUGACAGCCAGAGCCGGUACCACACCCCUCCCCAGAAGCACUCCCCAGGCAGAACUACUACCGAAGUCCCUAUCUUCCACCCCUCUUACAGCGUAAGCCUGGACCACAAAGGAGAGGACAGACUCUAUGCUCCCCCCUCCCGAUUAACCCCACCUACUAAUGUGGUGUACGGGGAACGAGCGUACGCCACCACCCAGCGCCAGAGCAACAACCUCUCCCCAGAGAAGGCUCUUAUGAACAACUCCUUUGCUACAUACCGCAGGCAGCCACCACCUAGCUCCUCCCACAACCCCCGAAACGCCAGGCCUCACCUGGAGCAUUCCCUGCAACUGGAAACCCAGGGGAGCUCCACCCCUAUCUACCUGCAACAACUCACCUCCACCGCACAGGUCUACGCUCCGGUGGACUACAGGUUUGAGGGGCCUCGGCGGCCUGUAGACGGGCUCCUGUGGGCUCCGGAGGAUGGGCUGCCCCCUCAAUCCCCAGCUGGGAUGCCACGCUCACCCAGCUUCCAGCGAGCCCAAAUGUCUCCCGUUGAGGAGUUUACUUUCCCCCCCAACCCAGACGGCCUGCUUCUAUACAGGACACAGUUCCAGGAGCAGCAGCCUGUCAUACGGCAACAGCUCCCCCAGCUGUUUGGAGUACCACACUACAGGCACGCACAGGAGGCGUUCGCGAUGCAGGAGUCCAUGCUGCUGUGAUUGGACGAUAGAGAAAUGGCGAGACACUGUAAAAAACAAAAACAAACUGAGGUGUAGUCACUGACACUGUGGUAAAGACAAGCAGUUGCCCUAGCGUUGUGAGGAGCCUGGUUUUGUUUCUGCUCUGUUCUUUGUGUGAAGUACUGACCUUCUGACUGUCACGCUGCAUCGUAAUGUUGCGGGAUGCACCAGCCUUUGAAGUUUUUAUUGAUCACUUUAAAAAGAGGAAUAAAAAAACACUGACUGAAGAUUUUAUUUUAUUUUUUGAUGUAGAGCAUUAACAAGAAGAGACAGUAUAUAUCUUUUAGAGUGCGAUGUGUACAGUGGAUUUUUUGUUAAUAUGAUGUCAGUAGCAGGGGAACAAUCUCCUGAAAAGGGAAAACUCUGAUUCAUUUUCCAUCUUUAUUUUUUUAUGUUACUUGCAGAUAUUUACAUUAGAGAUUGAUUUACUCUAAAUGCUUGUGAAUGUUAUUUUUCAAGGAGAAGAAAUAAUAGUAUGUCCAAUGAUAAAAUUAGAAAUCCAUAAUGAACUUACACUUACGUUUUGAUUUCAAUUUUGCAGCGCGUACAGCAUAGAGAGGGCAGGGUUUGUUGUUUAUUUUCUAGUCUCCUUUCAGUGAUAAUAUUUCUUCCUGAUUAACUAAUGUGCAAUUAAUUUCUCUUUUAUACGUGAAGUAAAGUGCGUUGGUUAUUUACACAUAUUUGAGGCCAGUGAAGUUUUUGGAUUAAAGACUCAAGGAAUAUAGAGCUAAUUUGUGAGGGCUAAUAAUAUAGAUAUAUUGGUUCGGUGGCUUUAAGCCAUCUGAUUUGCUAAGUUACCAUAGAUAACAUGUUUUUUUCUUUCUUGCUGUACUGUAGUUACAUGCAGCCAGAGAUGGAUGUGAACUAUUUUCAGUGCUUCAUUAUGUCUUAUUAUUUUCAACACUGUCAUAUCAACUACUGUUCAGCUGUUGGCACACACUCAGCCACACCCACACUACAUGUCACGAAUGUGUAAGUCACACAUUUCAACAUUUAAUCACAUUCCCUAUUUUUAUUCCUCAUACUCUGGUUUUGAAGCAGUUAUUCUCUAACAGUAUUGCCGUACUGUUCAUUGCAUUCCUUAAGUUAUCUUUGUUUUUUGUUAAACAACUAAUUGCAGACCAUUCUGAUACUUUGCUUAAUAAAAUGAGGUCAGUGAAAAUGA